UGCGGAGUGAUACACAGGGGUGAGGGAGCCACCGUGUCGUUCCGUCGUCUCCAGUGGUCAGUUUUGACGCCGGUGGCAAAUAUGGGUAUUGGAGAGUAUCCUGCUGAAUACAACCGUAAAGUGCAUGGGCCCUAUGACCCUGCCAGGUUUUAUGGCAAAGCUGACAUUCCCUUCGGUCAGGUGAAACUUGGGCAGUUGGGUGCUUGGUUAGGUCGUCGUCGAAUCACUGGACUACCUGGUGCAGUCUCUCGUGCUUACUGGAGUUGGCAGCACAAGUAUUUUCUUCCUAAGAAGACUGGAUUCGCGCCAUUUGGGCAACUAAUGGUGGGCUUGAUGGCGUUCUUCUAUGCUAUCAAUUAUGGAAAAAUAAUUCACCAUAGGAACCACAAAUAUCACUGGUGAAUGCUGUGCUGAGUUGUCACAAGUGUGUAGCUGUAUCACAAGAAGUUCACCAUUACUAAAAGGACACUGAAGACUCAAAGUUAAGCUAAUAAUUCCUCGAUACUUACCAGGGGUAGCAGAGACUGCAUAAAAAUUUAUUAAGAUUUAUUUAGCGUGUUUAAAUCUAGUGUGAUGCUCAACUGUGGUACUAGUAAGUACUUGUGUACAGCAGGAAAUUAGUGGGUGUAUAAAAAUGUAUAUCAAUUCUGGUGACUUUUAUGUAUAAAAUAAAGUUAUGUCCAAAG